AUGGUAGCCCUCCUCAAACUCCUACCUAGCCUUUGGGUUCAACCGCCUACUCUGUGUGAGUUGGACCCAAGAGCUACCCUUAGCAAUGGAGGAACGGAACGAUUUGUAAAACGGCGGGACCGCCUGAUUGGCCCCAAUUCGUCUACUUUGAAGGCACUUGAAAUACUUACAGGCUGUUAUAUUCUGGUUCAAGGAAACACCGUUUCUGUAAUGGGUUCAUUUAAAGCAUUGAAGCAAGUCAGGAGGAUUGUGGAAGACUGCAUGACGAAUGCAAUGCAUCCCAUAUUUCAUAUCAAGACUCUCAUGGUGAGGAAAGAACUUGAAAAGGAUCCAGCGCUAGCAAAUGAGAACUGGGAUAGAUUUCUUCCAAAGUUCAAGAAGAAAAAUAUUAAUCAAAACAAGGUCAAGAGUAAAGAGAAGAGACCAUAUACACCAUUCCCGCCUCCUCAGCAACCUAGCAAGAUUGACAUACAAUUGGAAACUGGGGAAUACUUUCUGAACGACAAAGUGAAAUCAGCAAAGAAGUGGCAAGAGAAGCAGGAGAAACAGUCUGAAAAAACCGCAGAAAAUAAGCGAAAAAGAGAAGCUGCUUUCAUUCCUCCAAAGGAGCCUGUAGUUCAGGAUACCAAAUCUGAUGAUGGUAGCAAAGAUCUGGCUGCCGUGGCCACAUCUCUGAAGAAAAAGGCAAAAGAGUAUGGAAUACAAAAAAUGGCGGAGAACGUAAAUCCAGAAGCAUAUCUUGCGGAGUCUGGAGAACCAUCGAAAAAGAAAUCCAAGCGCAAGCAUUCUUAGAUAUAAUUUUGAGUUGUGAUUUGUGAUAGAUAGGCUCAUAGAUGAGUGUUGGACAUGUAUCAUCUGAUCAAACUCUGGAUGGUUUGAAAUGUAAGGAAUUGUUGUCCACACCCUCUGAUGACAUUAUUAAGUCGAUAAUCGACUCAUUUAUUUGUCCGUGCGCCA